UCUUCUUUGCCUUUUAACUCACAUUUGAUUUGACCAAAACUCCUCUAAUCCAGGCACAUCGUUGACUUUUUCAAACUUUGUUUCCUUCUUGAACAUCUCAAAAAGGCCAGAACUCCUGUGUUUCUGUCUUCGAUUUCGCUGUGAACAAAUCAAUGGACAAUAAGCACCAUGCUUCAACUUCAUCUUCAACUUCAAAACCAAAGAACAGGAACAAGCUCUUGAAGAUGCUUCCCAAAGCUAUGUCCUUCGGACAUCGCGUACCGCCGUUUAGCCCCGGAAAAGAUCUCCACCACAACCACAAUACAACGUCAUCCUCCUCCAACAAAGCAUAUUUCUCCGGUCCUAUGGUCUUGGUUCCCAACGCCGCUCGUGUAAGGAGAAACAAAAGCGACGCCGUUUGGGAUGAGCCCACUUCACCUAAAGUCUCUUGCAUUGGCCAGAUCAAGCUCGUUAAAUCAAAACGCUCCUCUCCUAAGAAAAACCCUAAAACAUCUUCUUCCUCUUUAACCAAAGGAGAUGAUGGUAAAGGUCGUUUUUCAAAGUUCAAGCGUCUCUUCUCGUUCCCGUCGAGGGCUGGAGGUGACAAGUCUAGAAAACCCCAUCCCGCCGCCGUGACUGAACAGCCGGCUACGGUGGUUACCUCCGCGGCGGUGCCGUCGUUAGGUCAGAUGAAGAAGUUUGCGAGCAGCCGUGAUGGUUUAGGAAGAUUUGACUGGGAGGUCGAGAUGAAACGUGAAGAAGAAGAGUCUCCGGCUGAUCAUCGCCGUGGUUACUUUUCCGAUGAUGAGAGGAGAGGGGGUUGCUUAAGAGGCAAGGAAGAGGAAGAAGAUGACGUAAUAAUUCCGUUCUCAGCUCCGUUGAGUAUGAAGCCUAAGAAUGAAGUUAACUUGUGGAAGAGAAGAACCAUGGAUCCACCAAAACCACUUCAUCUUCAUACCUCUUGACCUUUGAAGUUACAUCUCCUUAUUUCAAUAUGUAAG